GCAAAUGUGCAUCACCAACAUGGACAACAAGGCCUCCGAACUGGGCUGCCCCAAGAACGACCACGAGUGCCUCUGCGAGAAGAAGAACUACCGCUUCGGUGUCCGCGACUGCACGUCCCAGGCCUGCCCCGAUGAGGACAGCUCCGCUGUCGUCAACAUCGCCUUGAAGUCUUGCCCCAAGGGCUCCACCUCCAACCCCGACGGCAACGGCAACGGCUCCGGCUCCGGCUCCGGCUCCGACUCCGACUCCAGCUCCAGCUCUUCUGCCAGCGGCAGCGAGAGCACUGGCGGCGCUGGCGGCGCGGGUGGCUCGGAUUCUUCCACCACUCGCUCGGGCUCUGGCUCCGACUCUGAGUCCACUGACUCUCCCAAGUCUACCGGAUCUGAUGCCAACGGCUCCGGUACCGCCUCUGCUACUGCCACUAGCACCGGUGCCGACAGCGUAAGUCUUCCAUCCUAGAGACCAUCAGGAGUCAUCUACUAACGCUUUCUUAGAGCUCCACCGCCUCCAAGUCCAACUCCGCCUCCCCCUCCAGCACCGGCGGCUCCGACAGCAACCGCGACGACAACGAGGAUGGCAACGGUGAUGGCAACGGCGGCGGCAACGGCGGCGACAGCGAUAGCGGCAGCGGCAGCGGCAGCGGCUCCGGCGAGGGCAGCGGCUCGUCUUCCAGCUCUGCGCCCUCGUCCGAGGCGACCAACGACUCGGCUGCUGGCACUAUCACCAUCGCCAACGGCGCUCUGGGCGCCGCCGGCCUGGCUGCUCUGUUCAUGCUCUAAAUCCAUCACCUACUACCGUAAUUAGUAAUUGUUGGACAUGACCCACUUUGGGGCGGGCUUGUUCCAUAAUGCGGGGCCGGCCUCGCGGCGGGCCUGGUGGUUUACGGCUUGAUGAUUUUUUGAUUCUUUUGUUUCUCGUUUUUGGCUUGUACUGUAUAUGCCCUGGCGGGCUUAUCUUAAUGCCAAGUAUAUAAUGUGAUGGGCGGGUUAGGAGGCUUAAUUAUGAUUCUUAUGCUUGA